AUGGGGAAGUCAAGCAAGAGGCGUACGCAAGUAGCUCCAGAGGGGUCAGAUGUAGAGAUGGCCAUGACAAGGGAGAAAAAGAGAUUGGUAAUGCACAAGAUUAGAAUGAUGCAUCCAAGUAUCGACAUCAAGCGAUCGGAUAUCAUACCUUUGAUCCACAAAGCGUGGACUGUAUCCUUCGCUCGGAAAGAACAAAAUCUCCAUGCCAUCAUCGCAAGAGGAUGGUACCAUCUUGACAUGAGACUGUUGAAAGACACAGAUAUCUUGAACACACGGGUGGCUCAUGUCAACACUCCCGAACGAUCCACUGCAGCAUUGGACGAUUCUGGAACUCCACCAACUCCCCGAACAGCAGGAACUCCCGAAUUGGUUGAUUGUAAUGCUACUGCUGACAACAUUGGACCCUUAGCGCUCCUCAACAUGAAUGUUGGCAAUAGCGAAAUCAUGAUUGAUCUUGUUCAAUACAUGCGCAAAAAUGCUGGCGCCCAAGCGGCUCUGCAAGAGCGCAAGGGAAAGGUUGCUCUACGAGGCAACGCCCAUGAAGGUCGCAUGCAAAAGUAUGAAAAGCUCGAACUCGAUCGGCAAAAGCCCAACUCCAAACCAAUCACUGUGAAUCAACUUGCCAUAUGGUUCAGCGUUCGGAAGACGAAGGCAGACAAGAUCCCAAAGCGGAAGGAUCUCCAGAUUGCAUUGAUGGAAGAAUGGGCUGGUCGACCGAUCCUGACGCUCAAACAAUAUCUUCUUGAUCAAGGCAAAGAUGAGAUGUAUGUAAAUAUGGUCUUUGCAGAAAGAGCCAGCAUCGCAGCAGAAGCAGAAGCUGUUGUAGAGGAAGGAUCUGAUGGGGAUGGAUUGUUGGCUGAUCGUCGUCUUGAUAUGACUGCUGUUGCAAAUGGUAGUGAGAAUUCCAUGAUGGUUGAGCUCUGA